AUGAAAUCUUUGAGCAGUGUAGGACUUGCUUUAAGUUUGGUAUUUGGUUGUCUUUUAUUAGCUCUUAUUGCUGAGCUCUACUACUUAUUAUGGUGGAAAAAUAGGAUUGUUAAAACAAGUCUUGAAGAUGGUUAUAGUAGCAAUAAAGCCAAAGAGUUCUUUUGUAUGUUUUGUGUUAAGCCCUCAACUUCUUUAAAUUCCAAUAUUGCCUUAAAAUCCCAAGAAAUUUGUGCCAAUGAUACACAACUAGUCCAUGAACCAACAAUCCAAGUUCAAUCCAAUGUAGAGUCAAAUAGUCAGUGGAGAGGUCAACCGGUCGAGGAGGCGACUGAUUUUUGGUUCAAACCCUUUGGAGAUGAUAACAUGGAAAAUGAAUUUAUAGGACUUUGUGGGCCACCAAGAUUUUUAUUUACUAUCAAAGAGGAAACUAAAGAAGAUUUGGAAUCUGAAGAUGGAAAAUCCAAAGGUGAUAAGAGUAGGAAAGGAUCAAGAACUAGGAGUUUAAGUGAUUUAUGUCUAAAUGUGGAAACUCCUUUUUUAACUCCACUUACUUCACCAACUUAUUUUACUCCUCCUUUAAGUCCUAUGAUACACAAAAAUGGAUUCAAUCCUUUUCUUGAAUCAGUAAGUGAUGCUGAGUUUAAUAAGUUUAUAAGGUCUAAUUCACCUCCUCCAACAUUCAAAUUCUUGAGAGAUGCUGAAGACAAAUUUUGUAGAAGAUUUGUGGAGGAAAAUGUGUCAUUUCAAGUUGAAAAUCUUGAAGUUUCUUCAAGUUCAAAGUUGUCCAAAGAUGAGGAAAAUGGUCCAUUUAUCACACUCAUUUUCCCUAAGAACAAAGAAGUACAACUCGAUCAACAUCAUGUACAACACUGUCCUUCAAGCUCUUCACAAGUACUCCCUUUAGUUUGA